AGUUUUUCAUUUUUGUGAAAUUAUACUUUUUUUUUUUAAAUUUUAGAAUUUUCUGUAAAACACUAUUAUUACAGCAAACGCUUUACGCGUGUAUCCGCCACUGAUAUUUGUUGACGAAGACAUUCAACCAGGUACGAAAUUAGCAGUUGCUAUAUGUGGAGCUCAACGUAGUCUGAGGAUAAUUUCCGGUGAUGAACAUAACACUUUUGAAAUUGCAACACUAAACGAUACGUGUUCAUGUCUGAAGUUGAAAAAAGCUCUAGAUGCUGAUAUAGAUGAAGAGACUGGUCGAGACUACAGCUCAUACAGUCUCGUUUUUGAAUCUGGCAGACAACAAGCCUCUCUUGACAUCCAAGUAGUUGAUAUUAACGACAAUGCUCCUAUUUUCAAGCCUUUCCCAUCAAUAAUUAACCUUUCUGAAAUGACGCCGGUUCUUGCCGAAGUUGGUAAAGUGCGGGUUUAUGAUCCUGAUACUGGACUUGGAGGCUUAGUUGAAAUAUUUGUACAGGGCGAGGAAUUCCUGGUUGAUCAGACAAAAUGUAGCAAGCAUCACUGUACAACAACUCUACGCCUUGCCAAACCACUUGACUAUGAAACUCAGAACAGGCACAGCAUAGUCCUAGUAGCUCGUGAUGGUGCUAGAAGAAUUAAAAAAAUUCACGAAUCUCGGCUUCAUAUUUUUAUCAAUGUUAUUGAUGAGCAAGAGUAG